CAUAAGGUUCAUAGGAAGCAGGCCAAAAAAGUCAUAAGAAAUGAAAUUUGUUGCAAUAUUUCUGAUUUUGUGGUGGGCGACGGAUGUGCAAUGCGGUCCAAUACCAACAACUACAGUUUCUGACUAUUUUAAAAACUAUCAUAAUGUAGAUCGUCAUAAUUAUCGUGACAAUCGUCGCAAUGAUUCCGAUAACCGUAGUGAUGAUCGUGAUAGCAGUCGCGAUGAUCGUGAUAACACUCGCGAUGAUCGCGAUAACCGUCACGAUGAUCCUGAUAAUCGUUAUGACGCUUCACUUAAAAAACGAAAAACUCGACCAUACCUGCAAAAAACAACAACUUCACCAUGUGAGGAAGAAACAACGACUACGUGUUCAGAGGAAACAACUACUCCAUGCCCUGAGGAGACAACUACUUCAUGUGCGGAAGAAACGACUCCACCAUGUGAUGAAGAAACAACGACUCCGUGUGCGGAGGAAACAACUACUCCAUGCCCUGAGGACACAACUACUUCAUGUGCUGAAGAAACGACUACCCCAUGUGAUGAAGAAACAACGACUCCGUGUGCGGAGGAAACAACUACUCCAUGUCCAGAGGAAACAACUACUCCAUGUGCGGAACAAACAACUCCACAAUGUGAGGAAGAAACAACGACUACAUGCCCUGAGGAGACAACUACUACGUGUCCAGAGGAAACAACUACUCCAUGUGCGGAAGAAACGACUCCACCAUGUGAGGAAGAAACAACGACUCCGUGCGCGGAGGAAACAACUACUCCAUGUCCUGAUGAGACAACUACUCCAUGUGUUGAAGAAACGACUACCCCAUGUGAGGAAGAAACAACGACUCCGUGUGCGGAGAAAACAACUACUACAUGUCCAGAGGAAACAACUACUCGCUGUGCGGAAGAAACGACUCUACCAUGUGAGGAAGAAACAACUCAACCAUGUGAGGAAGAAACAACGACUCCGUGUGCGGAGGAAACAACUACUCCAUGCCCUGAUGAGACAACUACUCCAUGUGCUGAAGAAACGACUACCCCAUGUGAGGAAGAAACAACGACUACAUGCCCUGAGGAGACAACUACUACAUGUCCAGAGGAGACAACUACUCCAUGUGCUGAAGAAAUUACUACCCCAUGUGAGGAAGAAACAACGACUCCGUGUGCGCAGGAAACAACUACUACAUGUCCAGAGGAAACAACUACUCCAUGUGAGGAAGAAACGACUCCACCAUGUGAGGAUGAAAUAACUACUCCAUGUCCUGAGGAGACAACUACUCCAUGUGUUGAAGAAACGACUCCACCAUGUGAGGAAGAAACAACGACUCCAUGUGCUGAGGAAACAACUACUUCAUGUCCAGAGGAAAUAACUACUCCAUGUGCGGAAGAAACGACUCCACCAUGUGAGGAAGAAACAUCGACUCCAUGCCCUGAGGAAGCAACUACUAUAUGUCCAGAGGAAACAACUACUACAUGUGCGGAAGAAACGACUCCACCAUGUGAGGAAGAAACAACGACUCCGUGUGCGGAGGAAACAACUACUACAUGCCCUGAUGAGACAACUACUCCACGCCCUGAUGAGACAACUACUCCAUGCCCUGAUGAGACAACUACUCCAUGUGAGGAAGAAACAACGACUCCGUGUGCGGAGGAAACAACUACUCCAUGUCCAGAGGAAACAACUACUACAUGUCCAGAGGAAACAACUACUCCCUGUGCGGAAGAAACGACUCCACAAUGUGAGGAAGAAACGACUCAACCAUGUGAGGAAGAAACAACGACUCCGUGUGCGGAGGAAACAACUACUUCAUGCCCUGAUGAGACAACUCCUCCAUGUGAUGAAGAAACGACUACCCCAUGUGAGGAAGAAACAACGGCUACAUGUCCUGAGGAGACAACUACUCCAUGUGUUGAAGAAACGACUACAUCAUGUGAGGAAGAAACAACGACUCCAUGUGCGGAGGAAACAACUACUUCAUGUCCAGAGGAAAUAACUACUCCAUGUGCGGAAGAAACGACUCCACCAUGUGAGGAAGAAACAACGACUCUAUGCCCUGAGGAAACAACUACUACAUGUCCAGAGGAAACAACUACUCCAUGUGCGGAAGAAACGACUCCACCAUGUGAUGAAGAAACAACGACUCCAUGCCCUGAGGAAACAACUACUACAUGUCCAGAGGAAACAACUACUCCAUGUGCGGAAGAAACGACUUCACCAUGUGAGGAAGAAACGACUUCACCAUGUGAGGAAGAAACAACGACUACGUGUGCGGAGGAAACAACUACUCCAUGCCCUGAUGAGACAACGACUCCGUGUGCGGAGGAAACAACUACUACAUGUCCAGAGGAAACAACUACUUCAUGUCCAGAUGAAACAACUACUCCAUGUGAGGAAGAAACGACUACUCCAUGUGAGGAAGAAACGACUCCACCAUGUGAGGAAGAAACAACGACUCCAUGUGCGGAGGAAACAACUACUUCAUGUCCAGAUGAAAUAACUACUCCAUGUGCGGAAGAAACGACUCCACCAUGUGAGGAAGAAACAACGACUCCAUGCCCUGAGGAAACAACUACUACAUGUCCAGAGAAAACAACUACUCCAUGUGCGGAAGAAACGACUCCACCAUGUGAUGAAGAAACAACGACUCCAUGCCCUGAGGAAACAACUACUACAUGUCCAGAGGAAACAACUACUCCAUGUGCGGAGGAAACGACUCCACCAUGUGAGGAAGAAACAACGACUACGUGUGCGGAGGAAACAACUACUCCAUGCCCUGAUGAGACAACGACUCCGUGUCUAGAGGAAACAACUACUACAUGUCCAGAGGAAACAACUACUCCAUGUGCGGAAGAAACGACUCCACCAUGUGAUGAAGAAACAACGACUCCAUGUCCUGAGGAAACAACUACUACAUGUCCAGAGGAAACAACUACUACAUGUGGGGAAGAACCGACUCCACCAUGUGAGGAAGAAACGACUCCGUGUGCGGAGGAAACAACUACUCCAUGCCCUGAUGAGACAACUACUCCAUGUGCUGAAGAAACGACUACGCCAUGUGAGGAAGAAACAACGGUUCCGUGUGCGGAGGAAACAACUACUUUAUGUGCGGAAGAAACGACUCCACUAUGUGAGGAAGAAACAACGACUCCUCCAUGUGCGGAGGAAACAACUACUCCAUGUCCAGAGGAAACAACUACUCCAUGUGCGGAAGAAACGACUCCACCAUGUGAGGAAGAAACAACGACUCCAUAUGCUGAAGAAACGACUACCCCAUGUGAUGAAGAAACAACGACUCCAUGCCCUGAGGAGACAACUACUCCAUGUCCAGAGGAGACAACUACUCCAUGUGCUGAAGAAACGACUACGCCAUAUGAGGAAGAAACAACGACUCCGUGUGCGGAGGAAACAACUACUAUAUGUCCAGAGGAAACAACUACUCCAUGUGUGGAAGAAACAACGACUCCAUGUGCUGAAGAAACGACUACCCCAUGUGACGAAGAAACAACGACUCCAUGCCCUGAGGAGACAACUACUCCAUGUCCAGAGGAGACAACUACUCAAUGUGCUGAAGAAACGACUACGCCAUGUGAGGAAGAAACAACGACUCCGUGUGCGGAGGAAACAACUACUCUAUGUCCAGAGGAAACAACUACUCCAUGUGCGGAAGAAACGACCCCACCAUGUGAGAAAGAAACAACGACUCCGUGUGCGGAGGAAGCAACUACUACAUGCCCGGACGAGACAACUACUCCAUGUCCUGAGGAGACAACUACUCCAUGUGCGGAAGAAACGACCACACCAUCUCAAGAAGGAACAACUACUACAUGUCCUGAGGAGACAACUACUCAAUGUGAGGAAGAUAAACCUGCUUCAUGUGAAGAAGAAACAACUACUGCAUGUUCCGAAGAGACAACGAUUCUGUGCCCAGAGGAGCAACUGAUCCGAACCCGGAGGAAACAACGCCUUUAUGCCCGGAGGAAACAGCGACUCGAUGCCAGGAGGGAACGACUCGAUACCCGGAAGGAAUAACUUUGACGUCCUAAAUGAAAACGUAGAUCAAUUGAUGCCCUGAACUAACAACUUCACGUCCUUAUAACUAACACCCCAUGUCCUGAACUAACGAAGAUACAUAUUAAAAAUAUAUGUCGAAUUAGAGACAUAUUUCAUAGUACAUUAGACUCGAUAAAGCAUGCGUAGUGCGUAAAAUGUACAUUGUCAUUUUCGAAUAAAAUAGCGU